AUGACUGUCCAGUCAACUACAGACUUCGAUUACAAGCCUGCUACGGCAGGGUUGAUGCUAUUCUUGAGGUAUGUCAAUAACAAGCCGGCUGAAGGAACUGGUAUUCAACAGCUAGCGAGUCAGGGUCAUAACCUUCUAGGGAGCGAGCUUCCGUUGGAAUUUCUCAAGUAUCAAGUGGGGUACCAGAUCAACUUGAUCGGAAGCUACCCGACCGACACAGAUAUCGUACCUAGUGCCAUCUUCGUCGCAGCAUUUGCAGUCUUGAUGUUUUUGCAUUUGGGCAUCUUCAUCGUCAAUUGCAGCAGGCACCAUUUCUUCUGGGUGUCCUUAGGCUGGGUAUUUUAUUGUAUUCUUCGUUGCCUUGGCUUCGGUUUGAGAAUCCCUUUCGGAAAAGACGUCACUCGUGUUCCAACCGGUAUCGCUAGUGAGGUUCUUUUAAUUCUUCCUUCGAUCGUGUUGGUGUCGUUCAACUUGAUAUUGGCGCAGCGUAUUUUCACCUGGCGACACCCCGUCGGUGGUUCCAGAAAGUUGUUCUGGAGCUUUAUGAUAACAUUGUAUGUUUUAGUCCUCGGUAUUAUUGGAAUGACAAUUGCUUGUGCCGCUAUUCCUUACAUUCACUUUCUUUCGGAGGGCGUUUACGACUCGUACUUGAAAGUUGUACAAGCCUCAUCUGUCUUGAUUUUGGCUUACUCGCUUACAGCCAUUUCUUUGAUUGGUCUUGCGUACUUUUUCAAACCAACGAGAAAGGAUGAGAACUUAUACACGUACCAACCUUGGUGGAUUGAGUCCUUUAGACCAACCUACUUUGUGAAAAAAGGUGCAGUCUACGAUGCAGAGGAAACCUUCAUGAAGCGUAAUCAUAAUCAUAGACACGCCAUUCGUGUGAUUGCGGCGACGCACCAUCACUACAAUAUGGUCGAAGGUCUCACAAACCAAAGAGGUGAUUUGAGCCAUAACUACUCCUUGGGUUUGAUUGCUAUAACUACACUUUUCAUUUUUGUUGGUUCUUUGUGCCGACUCAUUGUGUGCUUUCAAAACAGGUACACCCGUGAUCAAAGCCCCCUCUGUAAACCGGUCGCUAUGUAUAUCUUGUGGGGCUUGAUGGAGGUCAUUAUCAAUGUGCUUUACAUCGUGGGCAGAGUUGACUUGCGGUUCUACCGUCCAGACAUAUUGCCUGCCAAGGUUCGUGCCAUCAUUACUGCGCAGCAGUCUAUUGAGCAGAGUGACGCUAGCAGUGAAUUCGAGCGUUACUCCUCUGAGGAGGAGAUUACGGAUUCUGAAUCUAGUGAAGGCUUUGACUUAACCCCAGGUGCAAGAAAGGAGGGAUUUGUCAAGGAUGCCAAAGAGCUCGAGUCAGAUGACGACGAGGAUUUCCAUUUCUGA